AUGUUCGGACCAUUGCCGAACAUUGAAAAAAAGGAUAUAGGCGAACUAGAAGUUCUGCAACUGGUAAUUACCUUCAGCGGUAGGGAUUUAAUGCGUGUACCACUUGUGCACUACAGAGCAUGGCAAGCGGAUAUCCCUGUACCAGAUCUCGGAGAAUUCAGGCAAAAUGUGAAGGAAAUUGAAGCAAAGCUGGGAAGGAAAGGCUGCACAAUAUUAGUCUGCCCUAGUGGAGCCACAAGAUGUGGCACGUACGCAGCCGUUGAUGUUAUUCUCAGCAGGAUAUCGACAGAGAGAAGGGUAUUGCCUGAAUCGCCAAAUCUUUUUCGACAGACAAAUCCGCCAAAUGCUAUCUCGACAAAUCGGAAGCCUCUCAGCACGCGGUGUGGCCAAUUGAAAAUUAUAGCUGAAACAUUAAAUAUCUAA